UGUAGGUCUCCGCGGCGGCGAUGUACCUGUCUAUGACGAUAUCAGUCUUGGUAGAAUCUGAUUUCUCGGCCUCUCUGGCCGCUGCGUGCUGUUCCAUGGCGUGAGCAAGCAGGUAGUCGCUCGACUUCUGCAGCUCCGACACACGCGUCGUCAGCUCGGCGAUUGUGGGUUGCAACCGCGCACGCUGCGCCGCCGACUCGAUCACCGCGAGCCGCUUGAGGAUGCGCAGCGCCUGCAGGAAGAACGGGACGGCCUUCGCCGCCUGACCCGCCCGUUCGAAGCUCUGCGCCUGUUCGGUCGCCGCCAGCGCCUCGGCGUACUGCCGCUCCGCCAUGUUGGCACUGAUCUGUUGCGGAUUAUGUGUUGAAUUGAUUGAGGCGAAAUGGUGUAUUGUACAUCAGAUGAUAGGAUUGGAUGAAAUUAAAAUGAGUAAUUGGGAUUGGUGGAAAAUCAUCGUGCGGCCACCGACGCAUUUCCGAGGGUGCAGGACAGCAGGACAACUAGGAACAGCAUCAACCAUGAGCGGCAAGGAAGCGUGGAAGCCCUUUGUCAAGUUCGAGUACCAGAACCUGCUGCCGGCGGAGCUGCGCAACAAGCUCCGCAAGAUGCUCGUCUUCACGGAGGCUACGGGCACCAAGCAGGUGAACCAGUCGCCGGCUGUGUCCCAGGGCUACCGCUACCCGUCGCCAGACAAGCAGGCCGAGGGUGUGUCUGUGCCGUCCAGCGACUCCAAGGAAAGCAUCUACAAUAUCCAGUACUACACACGUGAUAUCCGUCGCUUCCCGUUCCCCACCGAGGUCGGCAUGCACCCGUCCAUCCCUGUCGAGAAGCGCGCCGAGAUCCCGGCGGACGCUAAACGCGGCUCUCCCGGUAACAAGAACCCCGCUGUGUUACGCUACGACCCCACUGGUACCCGCUCGGCUAUGAGCACGACCCACGAGGCACGCGACAAGCUCAUUCUGCAGCACGCCUCCACGCACAAUGUGCGUUUCGAGUGGGAGGGAGAUGCUGAGAAGGACAUUCUCGAGGACCUCGAAGCCAAGAACCUGCCGCCCACGCCCGGCCGCCCCUUCGUCUGGGACUUCCCCUCUCAGAGCCGUGUCAUGCGCUGGUAAAUUGGGACUUAUGGCAUAAUACGAGCGUGGUAAACUAGCAUGCUGUCUUUGCUGGAGGAGCAUUCCAGGGCAGCACGCACUGAUGAUAAGAUGCCCAUUUAACAUGAGAAAUUGAGCACAAUCUGUGAUUUGGGUCCACCGUUUGGGUCUAUUUGAGUUUGGUCAUG